AAGGCACUUGGCAAAAUCUUUCUCUCUAACCUGGGAAUGAACAGUACUGCUGCCAUUUGACAGAUGAAGUCAGCUGAGGCACAAAGAGGGUUUUCCACUUCAGCACAAUGAUACUGCCAAAAAAAGUGAGGCCACUGCUGUUCCUGGUUUCCCAGAUGGCCAUCUUAGCUCUAUUCGUCCAUUUGUACAGCCACGACUUCAACUCCAUGUCCAAGAAGGAGGAGCCGGAGGCCAAGCCCACGCACGUGCUCCUGCUGUCUUCCUGGCGCUCUGGCUCUUCCUUUGUGGGCCAGCUUUUUGGGCAGCACCCGGAUGUCUUCUACCUGAUGGAGCCCGCCUGGCACGUCUGGAUGAGCUUCACACAAAGCACGGCCUGGAGGUUGCAUAUGGCGGUGCGGGAUCUGAUACGUGCCGUCUUUCUGUGUGACAUGAGUGUCUUUGAUGCUUACAUGAGACCUGGUCCCCGACUACAGUCCAGCCUCUUUCUGUGGGAAAGCAGCCGGGCCCUGUGUACCCCACCUGCCUGCAACAUCUCGUGGGAUAAGAGCAUAAGCAUAUCCCAUGAUCACUGCAAGCUUCUGUGCAAUCAACAGCCCUUUGAGGUGGUGGAGAAGGCCUGCCGCUCCUACAGCCACGUGGUGCUCAAGGAGGUGCGCUUCUUUAACCUGCAGGCGCUCUACCCACUGCUGAGAGACCCUUCCCUCAAUCUGCGCAUCGUGCACCUGGUCCGGGACCCCCGGGCAGUGUUCCGGUCCCGAGAACACACCGCAGGGGACCUCAUGAUCGAUAGCCGCAUAGUGCUGGGGCAGGAUUGGGAGAAACUCAAGACGGAGGACCGACCCUACCGUGUAAUGCAGGUCAUCUGCAAAAGCCAGCUGGAGAUCUACAAGGCUGUGCAGUCCUUGCCUGAAGCCCUGAAGCAGCGCUACCUGCUCGUGCGCUACGAGGACCUGGCCCGGGACCCCCUGGCCCAGACUGCCCGAAUGUAUGAAUACGCAGGGUUGAAAUUCUUGCCCCAGCUCCAGACCUGGGUGUACAACAUCACUCGAGGCCGGGGCCUGGGUAACAAUGCCUUCCGUACAAAUGCCAGGAAUGCCGUCAACGUCUCUCAGGCCUGGCGCUGGUCCUUGCCUUAUGGCAAAGUUUACCGACUUCAGAAAGUCUGCAGGGAUACCAUGAAUUUGCUGGGCUACCGCCUUGUCAGAUCUGAGCAAGAGCAGAGAAACCUGUCACUGGACCUUCUGUCUACCUGGACCCCCUCCAAGCGAGUCUACCAAGAAGGUUGAGGAGGCUCCGUUCCCACCUGGCACCAGCCUCGGCCACGUUAACUGAAGGCUGCUUCUGAGCUUUGAUUAUGUCUCUGUCGGUGUACAUGUGAGCAUGAGUAGUGUCCACACGUGCUCAAGCCGAGAAAUUUUUGUGUCUCUACUUACACCUAGAACAGAGAUUCAGAAACCUGACGUGAGUGGCACGUUCCACCACUGAGAGCCACUUCUUGGCCUUCCUAUCUGUGUACACCUUGGAGACUCUGUGGCCUGGGGUCCUGUUUGGCACCACAUGGUAUCAAUGGAGUAAAUCCAUAAACUUCUCUGUCCACAUCUUGCCCAGUGGGAAAGGGGAGAGACACAGGAAAAACCCAGGAGAUGGGUCUUCCACCAGAGAGCUCACCAACACGUUCCACAGGGAUAUGAACUCUGAGCCCUCGGAGCUCCCGGUGGAUUCAAAAGGGGAACGGGGAGCAGGGGUGGGUGCUUACCCAUGAGUUUGGCCAUCACAGCUAUCAGUU